AUAUAUGUGUACAUAGAGCAUACAGCUUGGAGUGAAGUAUACUUGUUUCGAUUGCAAAUGAACUAGGACAAAAAAGCCGUGAUUUGCCAAUUUUGAAAAUGCUUUACAGUAGGAAGUUUCUGAGGUGCUGGCUUUUCAAGAAACAAAGGGCUCCUCGUAUAUAACUAAUAAGUCAAAAAUCUGCGAAUCGAUACCAGACCAUCACAGACAACUUUAUGUUUUAUAUGAAACAAGCUGCUGCCAUAACUAGUUAUUUUGGUAGACCAUUUCACUGCAAAAUUUUCAGCAAAUUUUUCUUAUGGCCAAUUUUUCUCAUUGUACUUUCAAUAUAAGCUUUUUUCAUAUGUUAUACUUUCAUCUAACAUUCGUAAUUUGUUGUUGUUGCCAUUAUAGUUCAAUAAAAGUAGCGGUCAAUCCAAUUUAAAAUCGUUUGCAUUCUCUCCAGUUUCAAUUUGUUGUCACAGCUUCGGAAAGUUGCUCAUCAAAAGCACUCGCACUUAACAGUUUAAGAAAAGCAGCAUCAAAAUAACACUGUGUUUUUUUACAACUGCAGCACAACUAAAUAGUCGGCAUAAAUCAACGCAUUCGCUUAGCACUUUUGAAAUAAUAUUUUCUUAAGCGCACAUAAAACAAGUAAUUAUCGCCAACGUGUGUUUAAUAUUUUAGAGAAUUAUUUAUUUUCAGUUAUUGUGCUCCAGGAUUUUGACAAUUCGACCUUUCUUUUACGUACAUACAUACGCACACACUGACAUGAAUUCUAACAAUAACCAAGCGUCUUUGAACAACAAAGAGAAUCUGGCGCCAUCAGUGCCGACUGGAUCGACCAGGAACCCCACUUCUCACUGCAACUCACAAACAGGAGAAGCCGUCAACAAUCAAAAGAAACCUUUACCAAACAAAAAGACUACUAAUACUUCACACGUAGAAGAGUCGUCAGCAAAUAGUGUGUUUAAAGCGCCACUGCCUCCCAAAAAGUUACUUUAUAGAAAAUAUGUUCUAGAAGGCAUGGGGCAUGUGAAUACCGAAAAUGCACUCGAUUUGUCGAGAAAUAGAAAGGCCACAUCCACCAGACAAACUAGUCCAUUACAGAGUUUGAAGACACCACAUUCGUCGCUACAAAAAAAUAAAACGCCAACUGAUGUUACCACAACUAAGAUUGGUAAUCUGUCUGCGCCACAACAAAGGCGGGAUAUUGGGGCACAAACUUCAACAACGGAUGCACAAAGACCGAUCGUCAAUGCUUCACCAACUCAUCACUCACAAAAACGUGCACCAGCAGCGCAAACCAGUGCACCUUCAUACAAUCAGAGCAGUGAUAAUAUCGAUGAACAACAACAAAAGAAACUAAAAGUGAACGAAAUCGAUUUGGAAUAUAUGAAAUUGCUCAGAGCGCACUUCGACGAGUUUACCGUAGAGGAAAAUGGAAUUGAAUAUGUAACAAUAGGUGAAAAUGGAACCGUUGUGUGGAAAGAAUUUUUACUAGAACUAAAUUGGAACAACACUGGUGCGGCAAUAACACGGAAACUGUUAUGUCAUUUAUUCGACCAUAAAACCCUUGCUACGCAUACGUUGACCGGCAAGCCAUCACUGGCGUGCUUAGAUAGGGACAAACCCGAAAAAAUGCAAUUGAAUCAUUUGAUCAUAGAAGACAUAAUGGAAUUUAUGAUGCUUCUGAAAGGUAUGAAGGCCAGGGAAGUGAAAUCAGCCAUUAAUAAUAAGUGCAUAAACGUGGCUAAAAAGUUCCUUCGCAGUCUUAAAGCAAAAGCUUUUGCUCCACGGGUAGCAAAUGUGACAAGAAAACCAGAAACUCUGUUUGCAGUUUCAGCUGCAAGAAAUGUCAUAAGCGUUCCGGGUAGUACGUCAUCAAAUUCAUACGAAAGAAAUGUUAUAACGAAAUCGGAAGCUGCUCCUUCAAAUUUAUCCCAAAGAAAUGUUAGGAUGGUACCGGAAACAGUGGAAGUUUCAUCAGAUUCUGAUUCACCCGAAAUAAUAGUGAUACUAAAAUCGCUCAAAACCGGAAAGAAACAGCAUUAUAUUUACUUUGGUGGUUAACAGUUUUAUACUCUCAGAGUGAUUAGGUUGUUGGGAGCGCGAAAAUAAAUCAGCGAAUCAGCGAGCUGAUCAUUAUCUACCUGUGCCAACCACUUGACGGCAGAUUUUUGCUUAAAAGCCACUGCAGCCGUGCUCUAGAUCGACAGUUUCGUUUCUUGAAGCGAUAAGCACGCAUCAUCCGAAAACAUAAAAGGUGAGUUUAAAAGCCAAAAG